AUGGAUUUAUUUAUGCUUGUUCUUUCUUUCUUGGAUUUGAUAAUUUCAAAGUUUGAAGCUGGUGUACCUAGCUUGCUGCAAUCACUUGCUUCAUUAGAACACAUUGAUACCUUUUUGCAAGAAUGUUUCAAAAAACAUGAAACAAGAGCUCCGUUACAAAAGUUCCUUGUUUCCAUCCAUGAUAAACCAGGUGUGCAACCUUUCAUGCCUGUCUUCGUGGAGGCCAUGCUGCAAGUUUUGAAACAUUUUAGCAAGUCUUGUCCAUCGGACUUUUCAAUGUUUUUCACCUUGGUUCUUGGUGUCAUUUGUAAGGUAACUAACUCGAAGUGUCACGAAAAGUUUACAAAGUGCUUGAAUGAAAUUGUGCAAGAACAAUCAGAAGUGAAGGAUAUCAAAGUGCUAUCUCCAAUUUGUAGAUUUAUUUGUAAGCACCUAAUGCAAAAAGUUGCCAAUGAACAAAGAGAAAGAGCUCUAACACUCGUUAACCAGUUCAAGGCAAAGGCCAAAUAUGGUGAAAAUAUUAAGUUUAAGGGACCGAUUGUGCAAUCUUCGAAUGAGAUUCAAACAAAAAUGGAAAAUAACGAGUAUGACACAUAUCACAGUCUAUUGGUAGAGGACACAUCCUCUAGUAUUGACUUUGAUGCCAUUAUGAGCUAUUUCAAAGCCUCUGAUGUUGAUGCACAAAACGAGACACAAUCUGCAAGUAUUGUCAUCACAGACGAGAUGAUAACUUACCUGCUACAGCUACUCGAAAAGUUGAAAAUUUCAUACGAGAGCAACACAAAAGAAUUAGAGUCAUCACUUUCGAAAUGGGAACUCAAGGAUGGAGUUGUUGAGAGUUCAUCAAGAGCUCUACUCGAAGAGGCUUCAUCAUAUCCCGCUUCUACUUUCAAUACAAAGUUAACAUUUGAGAGAAGACAAGAAGCCAACAUUUUCAGAUCAAAGCCAAUGCCUCGACAUUUAAUGUCCUCAAAUAUGGCAAACGCAAUUGUCAUAGCAGAACAAAGUGAUAUCAAUUUGCUCAAAUCAACAUCGAAUUUCUCAGAUUCCAUUCCAAAAGAAAAUACAGUGAAUGAUAUCAAGAUUAUCAACACUCAUGCAAUGUCCUUCAAAGUGGUUCAUGUAAAAAUUAAUCCAGAGAAUGACAACUUUGUUGCUGUGGCUGGUAUAUAUGAAUGCCAUGCUCUUGUUCUCGAUAGCGAGUUAAAUGUGAUCCAACAGGUUCCAUUAUAUCUUGCUUGUGAGGACAUGCCAUCAGAGACUUUUGUCAUUGAUAUUCAAUGGCUACCAGGCGAGCAAUGUUUAUUGGCGGUGACAACUAAUCAAUUUGUGAAGGUCUAUGAUUUGUCUGCAGACACUUUUUGUCCAACGUUCAACUUUAGCGCUCAAAACGAUCAAAUCGUUUCAAGUGUGUUUGCUCCCGAUCCAAACGGAACGAAAGAUCUCAAGACAUGCUUUGCCCUGACAAAGACAGGAAAGUUAUAUUAUCAGUCAUACUUCAACAGUGGAGGAGAAGCCUUUUUCUCUGAUUCCAUUGAUUUGAGCAGAUAUUCUCAAUCUGCAGAAGGAAAAGGGAUAUUUUAUUCUGAACUUAUUAGAGUGUUAUUUGCAAGUUUUGCUGAUGGAACAUCAGUAGCCAUUACGCUGGAUCAUUUAUCAGGAACCAUUCAAAGCGUUGUAGAAAUCUCGAAAAAUCCUGAACUGAAAAGUCUUGGUUAUUGGACACAUAUUUGCGAAGUUGUGGAUAUGUGUGGGGUUUUGGUUGUGGGUACCUCCAGCAACAAGUCCAUAGUUCUCAAUUUUGCAUACGGCAAGGUGGAAUAUCAAAUUUUGCCAAAUCCUGAUAGUCACACCUUAGAAGGAUUGACAUCUAUUCCUCCGUUUGGAAAAUAUUCUUCAGUUUUGACGCUUUUUUCUAAUGGUGAAGUGAAAAAGUAUAUGAUCACUAGGGAUGUCAUCCCUUGUUGCUCGCUUCCACCCAAGAGCAGAAUUAGUAGAGAGUUGAAAAAGAGGCAGUCUUCGUUGAAGCAUAUGAAACCAGCAUUAGCCAGCUCAAAUACGACGCAAGCAGAAGAUAGCUCAAACCAGCCCAUUAUUCUACCCUCGGAAAUGGUUACCUCACUCGAUGCCCAACCUGCCGACAUUUCUACAAGUGAAGACGUCACAAGUAAAUGUUCAUUCACAGGAGACGGAAAUCGUACAUCAGAUGAAAUCAAGAACAUGAGCAGUGACACAAAUACAACAUCUCUGUGUGCAACACGAGUAGAUGGUAUGAAAAUUUCUAUUCACAAACCAGACAACGUUGUGAUCAUUGGAGUCAAGUUGUUGCUCGGUAAAAAUAAUAAGGCUUCCAUUCCUGUAACCAUUAAAUCACUUGGACAUACCGUCACCAGCGACAGGGACGUUGAGAAAUGGUAUACAAUCAAUUUCACGAACGAGGAAGUUUUGAACAUGGCCAAAACAUUUGAUCUAGAGGUUUCUGCUGCCACAGAUAAUACUACCAUGCCAACAAUUGAUGGACUAAAGAUUCUUGGCCUUUCUUCCGGCCCAUUCCGGUACAAUUACGUCAAGAAGAAAUUGGAACUGGAAGCAACUGCCUCAAUUGAAAAAUCUGCACAAACUCCGCUCGAAGAAAAGCAUCAUUUCUCAACCGAUGAAGUGGCGAUCAUACACGAUAUUGCUAAAGUAGUGAUCUCAUACGAAUUAGGAGGUAUCCUGCAGGAUUCACAAAAAGACUACAUUACUUCGUUAAUUUCUGAUUGCCUUUUACUUCCAUCAUUGUCUGAGCUGAAAGAUGUGUUCCUUUCUGUACUGAUGACAUCCUGUGAUGAUGUUGAAAGCUUUACAACCUUAAAGACUGCGUUGGAACUUGAUAGACUUUCUAGAAGAAAGCUGACUGAUUUGGAUGAAGCUCAUGCUAAUUUGAUUAUUGAAAAAUAUGUGGACAUUUUGUUCCAUGAUCCUGAUCAUUUUUAUGAUCGAGUGCUGUCAAAUGAUGAAUGUUUUAUUUCAUCCAUGUUUUCUCUUCUCCAGAAAAACCAGUCAGAUGAGAAGCUACAAACUGACUACCUUGUGAAGCUAUGUACAGGCAUGGCAUUACUUGAAUUUUUGAAAAAGAACAAAGAAGAAUCAUUACAAAAGAUAUCUAAAUUAUUAUUAGAUGAGGAUGAUGAAGUUGUGCGGACCAGCGCAUCUCAAGCUGUCGCAAGAAUUUUAGGAGUUACGAAGACACUUCCUUCUACGUUAGAAAAAUUAGUUGUAGAGCUUUGCUCCUUAUUAUCCAAAUACUCUGAUUCGUUAACAACUCUCAAUAUUUUACAGCUUAUUUCUGUAGUAAUUAUUCGAUUAUGCUCAAGUCUUACUUUGGAUGAAAUGAGCACUAUUGACCGAGUUUUGGCCACAAUUUGUGACAAGCUGUCAGUAACCAGUUGUUUGAAAAAUUUGACACCUCAGAAUCCUGCCAGUGAGAAACGACUUUUAAUUCUUGAUAUGCUCAUCUCACUUUUGUCGUUAAGCGAGGAGACACAAUGGUCAGACUAUCUCAAGCAAUCAAUUUGCAAAACAUUGAGCAGCAUUCCUUCAAUUCAUGACGACGUUCUCUCAACAUGUAAUGAUGCCUUAGUGUUGUUUGUUCCAACUGAUCAGCAAGCUGAGUACGAAGACAUUAUGGGAGGCCUACUGAAGAGCCAGAAAGAAAUACCAACGAGAGUAUUUUCUCCAAUUUUCAGCGACCUUUAUGUUUCAGAUAACAAGUCAAACAUAAUGUCAGAAUAUCCUAGGGUUGUAAUUCAAUCCUUACUCAAACUUACUAAAUACUUGAACAAGCAGUCCCUGAUACCUGAAGAAAAUAUUACACAGUGGUACAAUUUCCUGGCAAAUUUGGCAGUUGAUGAAAACGAAUAUUUGGUGUCAAUCAGCAAAUAUUAUUUGCUUGAGCUAAGUGGCUCCAUGGACAAGUUCAAUAAGAUCAUGGAUGAAAAAUUAUUCUCCACCAGAUUAUCUGAUUUUAUGAAACCAACCGAACUGGUAUCCAAUUGGUCACCCGAAAGAGCCAGAAGGAUCGUGGUUAAGGUGAACGAAGUAAUUGAUCGUGUAGUGAGCAAUCCUAUGAAUUGGAUCGAUUUCUGUGUAGCCCACGAUACUGUGCUUCCUUCAUUGCUGGAAUUUGCCUUUUUACUUGAUGAGAGUGUUACCAUACCUCUGCAGUUGCUUAACAGCUCUUUUAUCACUGAUAACAAGCCUCAUUUGGAAAAGAUUACAUCUUCGUACAUGACACAUACCACAAGAACUUUGAACAAGUUUUUAGACUUUGUGUUUAAUGGUGAAACUAGCAAUAUUCGAGUAGAGUCAGCCAAAUUUUUGUCAAAACUUUUUACUCAUUCAUCGAUCAAGUCUAAAGAAAUUCUGUUUAACAUAAUCAUCAAACGUGUGGCCUCACUACCUUAUUAUGGGAAGAAAGGAAAGGAGUUUACCAAGUAUUUAUUGAUUCCAGUAUUUGACGUUUAUGAAAAAAAGAGACAACAAAUUUCUGACGAGCUUGUUAAAUGCCUCGAAACUCAGAAUCAUCUCAUUGGCAAUCAUCCCAAUUCUUACAUUUAUGAUAACCUUCAAAAUUACUUCAGUUUAGACUCUAAAGGCUACUACUUGGAAACAGUUCCUUGUUUGAUUUGUAGCUCUCCUGAGGUUCCAAGCCAAAAAAUCAUUCUGAAGGACAUUACAAAGGCUAAAAAGUUUUCUCACUCUUCUGAAUAUGUGAAACUUAAAAAUUCGUACAUUAUUGAAUCUAUGGAGAUUAACAUUUCGGACGCCAAAAAAUCCAAGAUGAUAAGAACCAUUGAGUUUUAUUUCAACAAUAAUCAGGCUUUGGAGGUUCAUGAUUUGACAAAAACAUCGACUGUUUGGCAAAAAGCUGGAAGCAUGACUGUUCCUAAGAAUGCUACUCAAUGCAAUAUAACGUUCAGUGUACCCAUCACAUGUUGCAACUUGUUAAUUGAGUUUUCCAGCUUUUAUUACGACCUAGCCUCCAUGGAUGCUCUUUUCUGUAAUAAUUGUGGAAUUCCUGUUUACGACAAGUAUGGACUUUGUUUGACAUGUGGUGAAAAUGUUUUCUCCUGCCACAAAUGUAAAGCAAUCAACUACGAUCAUUUAGAUGCUUUCAUUUGUUCGACAUGUGGUACUUGCAAAUAUGCUACCUUUGACUUUUCAUUUGCCGGAAAACAAGUAUUUAUUGGAGACAAAAUUAGAAAUGAGGAAGAUUGCAAAAAAUCAUUGCAAAUCAUUGACACUCAACUCAAUUCUAGUGCAAAUAAGCUCGUUGGUCUGAAGGAAAAGAGCUCAGAGAUUAAGUCUUUACUAAUCAGUUUAAAGACUGGUGACUACAAGGACAAAUCUUUAACCGAACUAAUAACUUUGCUGGAAGAUUUGUACAAUAAUCAGACCAAAGCUUUGCAUGAAGGACUAUCCAACUGCCAGAAAAUCAUGCUAACUACGAGAAAACAGCUGAGAGAAUAUAUCUCUUCCAAUCGUAGAACCGAUAAGAAAUACUAUCAGUCCGAUCACUUUGACACCUCUGCCCUUCAACAUAACAAAUGUUUUGGAUGUGCCAAUAACCUCGUAAGCAAUGUCAUUGAUUUCUAUCAAUCUAUACAUGAUUGCAAUGGGCUUAUUAUUUGUGAUCAACUUCUAAACGAGCUCUUUAUUAAUGUAAGCAGACGAGGCAUGAAAGAAAAGGCCUUACAAGUGCUGACAAAACUCUCCUUUAUAGAUGACGCUGUAAGCUCAAAAGUCAAUACUUUGCUGCAACAGAAAAUUAUUAACUGUUCCAAGAAGACUCUCAAAGGAUACGAUGUUACUGCACAAUUAAUCGGACUUGUAGAGUUGUUGAAGCGACUUUGUUGUGACGAAAAAGAUCCAUUCUUCAACUCCAGAAUGUUAAUGCUAUUUGGAAUAUUAACUGAAGCAACAUUACAACCUGGUGCCUCCUCUUCAGUCAUCAUCUGUGAAGAGUUGAUACAACCUUGCCUACAAAUUAUUCUCAAGUUUGUCACAUAUGCCAAUCAAAAAUGUAAGGCUGAACCAACACCAGCCAAUGUUGAAUCUCCAAUUACACCAACCAGAGCUGUACAAUUUGGGUAUCAUCAAUGGCAAGAAGGAGAAAUGUCAUUCGAAAUGUUUAAGGCAAGCCAAAUUCCCAAGAGAUUACCAAGAAAUGACUUUGAAAUCUUAGGCAAAGAUGUACUAUUUAAGCUUUUGCUCAACGAUUGUUCCAGCUCAAUCCGAGAUACGACCACCAAGAUUAUCAAAUGUUUAUGUGGAAGUUCACAAAAAGAAAUUGGCAUUCUACAAGCAUUAACCACUCUCUUACCAGAUGCCAUGGUGCGUGGUGAAUAUUCUUCGAAUUUCUUCUCUCUCUUCAACACUUUGGUCGAAAAGGAAGAAAGAAAAGUUCUUCUUUCAAGUAAGGGCUUCCUUUCCUUUGUUUGUAAAUUAUUGAAGAAGGAAGUAGCUCACCUCCAUCAUUUAGAAACUACGUCAUCCAAUCAAAGCCAAGAUCUCUCCACAGGAUCAAGUUUAUACUUUUUGGUGACUCUACUCUCCGACUUUUUGAACAUUCCUGAUAUUUUGAACGAGUUUAAGACCAAAGAAGAGCAUGUUAGCACAGUAUUAAGCAGCUUUUUAUCGCUCAAGUCGUUCGUUGUGCAAAAAACAAAGGCCACUACUGACAGCGAAAGCAUUCUCCGACAAUUAACGGACAAAUUACAAGAGACUGAAUCAGAUAAGAAAUUAUUUAUUAUUGCAUGCAUUGACACUUUAAAGAUGUACAGCGAUAAUAGAACUGCCUUAUUCGUGUUCGAAAAAUUGAAUGGCAUGAUCCAACCAGUUAAGACUGAGCCUAUUUACAAGUUGAAACUAACUCGUUCUGCUAGCCAAGAAUUCUAUUUCCAGGGAAGGCUUUCCAAACAGCAAUGGACGACCAAAGAAUUUAGCAAAGACGGGCAACCUGCUCUAAUGUCUGACGUAAAAGACAAGAUUUGUGAAGAAAUGAAUAUUCAUAGUGACAUUCCUUUCGAAUUGUUGGUCAACAAUUGCAUAAUUGCUCUCAAUUUACCUGUAGUGAAAGUUUAUGAAAAAGUCUGGCUAACCAGAAACACAGAACCUAAUAACAACACACCUAUGGAAAUUGUUUUUAGAUUCCAGGGUAUUGAUGGAGAAGCAACAGAAGAUAGAAUUGAAACAUUACCUAGCGAUGAUGAAUCUAUUGAUAUUGCACAAAAGAGCAAGAUAACAUCUGUCAUAUCAACCCAUGGAGGUGUUGAAGUUAUUGUUUCAUAUCUUAGAUCGAUCACUGAUUUUGGUUCUGAUAAGGAGCUCGCAAAGAAUCUGUUGCAAUUCAUGCUCUACUGUACAUACAGCAAGCUGAAUAGACGUAGAUUUUUAAUGACCGACACUGUGGAAUGCCUCCUUUCAAAAUGCAAAUAUGUCUUUCAACACAGCGAAAUGGCUGAAAUUGCUGAGCUGCUCCUUUUAUGUAUCAAGCCACUUGUCAAAGAAGCUACCAAGAUGAGCCACGAAACUGGAGUACCUUCGAGUCCUCUUACAAGUCCUUUAAGUCCAAUUUCGUCUGAUAUUUUCUCUGUGGACUCUGCGAACGAUCUUUCUCCAAGCGUAUUAGGAAAAUCAGAACAGUACAAGAUUAGUCAAAAAGAAAUUCUUGAACAAUUGAAAAUGUUUUUGGAGAGACUACCUGUGUGUAGCUCUAAAAUUGUCUCGGCUGUACAAUCACUCUUGCCAUUCCUUACGUAUGGUCUCGAAGAAUCGAUGGAUUAUCUCAUUCAAUACUUUGAGCCCUAUUUGAAUUUUGAAUCGUUCAAUAACACAACCAAAGAAAAGUUCUACUUGGACUCAUUCGUAAACGUGGUGCUGAGUAUCCCCAAUGAUUUUGCUGGAAAUAAUCUCAAGUCAAUGAUAUUGAACAAAGGAAUCACCAAGAAUGCCAUUGAUUUUAUUUUGAAGAAUUUUGAUCUCAAGAGCACCUCUUCAUGGAAGUCAACACUUAGCUUGCCAAUAAUCCCAUUCAUUUUGAGUUUACUUCAAGGUUUAGUGUCGUAUCACCAUCCAUCGUUGGCAGUCAUGAAUCAUGUCGAUUUGUUGACCAUACUCCACAAGAUUGAAGAAAAUACGGACGAAAAAAUUGUUGCCACCCUUGCUGAAUCAUUACUCAACACUAUUGCUGAAGGAUCUGCUCAGAUUAAACCAACCAUUGACAACCUCAGAAAGAGCACCAAAGAAAAGAAGAAAAAGAAGGCCCUUUCAAAGCGUGAAAAGACUCUCCAGGAAUUGAAGAAACCUGCCAUCUCUGUAUUUAACUUUGAUGAAAUUGAAGAAGAUAAGGGCAUUGUUUGCUCCAUUUGUGGUGAUGGAUAUGCUUACAAGCCAGAGGAGGUCAUUGGAACCUAUGUAUUUUGCAAGCAUGUGUUCUUGACGGAUAAUUCUGGAGCCAUCAGCUCGGUCACUCAUUUCAAUACCAUCCACACCACAUGUCACUCUCAAGCUGUUGUAGCAGAUCAAAACAGAAAUCCACCCAAGUCAGAAUGGGAAGGUUCUUUGAUUAGAAACUCAUUUACCAAAUGCAAUGCUCUAUUCCCAUUCAAAGGUCCAAAGACAACAGCAAGUAAUUAUGCAACUGCUGUCAAAAAGUUCUGGUCUGACGUUAAAAUUGUGAAAAAUAUUUCAAGAGACCAAUUUGACAUACUUUCUCAUGAUUUGAUGAUAUUAUUUAACAAGUUUGCCAAAGAAGAAUCUUUUUCAAAAGACGCAGGUGGUGGUAGCGCAACACAUCAAGUGAAAUUAAUACCAUUCAUGAUUCAAAUGGGUCUCUAUUUGCUAGACACCCUUAAUAAGAAUAGGGAAUCGUAUGAAACAAUUCUGACCAGCUUCUUAAACACAGAUAUUGAGACAAAUCUUGAUGUUGAGAAUAUCAGCUAUAACACCAUUCUUUCCCUCUAUCUCUUGACAUUGGAAGAAUGGAAUUACUACAAGAACGUUGUGUUAAAACGUUUCAUUACAACCACCAGAAAUUUGAAGCAAGACAACACUGAAUGGUUCCAAUUAGUAAGACCUGCUCUUAUCUUUGUGUCUCUUGUUGACAUUUAUCAAAAAGCUCUGAAAUCAAAUUCCAAAUUGUCAUUCAAGACGGACACGGUUCAAAUCCGUCAUACCAGCUCUGAACAGUGGAUACAAGAUUUGUCACGAAAGAUUGAAAACAUUGACCAAGAGCAGCUUACAAAAUUGGAAGGAAUUGCCACACUCUAUUCCAACAAGCUGUUGAAAUUCACCACUUUGGAAGAAUUUGAAAAACAAAUGGCCUCAGAUUUUACAUUGUAA